ACAGCGUGCGCAAAAGAAGAAAAAGCAUCAAAGCAGAAAGAUUUUUUGCAUUCGCUUUUCGAAAACUCUGAAGAAAUCGGCGGCAGCUGUAUUCUUAAAAAAUAGUCUUGGUUUUCUCGUGGUUUUUCAUCCGAGCAAAGGUUCCUAAUUGAAUUUUCGAUAACGCUGUGAUAAAUUUUGUGAUAGUAAAAAGUGGAGUGUUCCGUAGUUGGUGGAGCAUAGCAGAAUAUCGCCCCGAGCAAUGUUCGCUGGCGGACGACGGCCAUCAGCGACGAGAAGGAUCAGAAAUUGUCACUAAAAAAGCACACAAGAACUUUGAGUCGGAUGCACCGGGUGCAUUCGACAUGAGUGCAACAACGGGAUACUGUGCGAACCCGCCGGCAGUCUACAGGAUGAGGGCAGAUCGCAAGCUGGCCCUCUUCUACGUGUUUGUUUACAUUUGCUGUCUGCAGAUCAUCACGACAAACACACGCACCUCAACCCUGUGGAAGCUCAACUCGGAACAGGGCAAGAUUGUUAGCGUUCCGACCAACGGAGGUGGCGCAGGGGUUGGGAAGGAUGAAAUCGGAUACAGUGAGGAGGAUCGCGGCGAUGUGUUGCACCCGGAGGAGCUGGAUGAUGAUGAAGAGUCCACUUUUACCAUCAUAACUUCGACAGCGGCCAACUACCACCACAACACGUGGAAUCGUGGCGAGGGGACGACAGAGGAACUGCUUCAACGUUUGGCAGACGAACCUGCGGAAGCGUACCUAGCUGCGACAAAAUCAUCCAUUAAAAAUGGAACUAACAGCAAUGGCAAUGACAGUGAUUCGACUCGUCCCUCAAGGCAAGCCCCAAACUUUGGUCAACGUUCUACCCCAGAAUCGAACGUGCCUCUGGAGGAUCUUCUAACAUGCGGCAAACCGGUUAAUUUUACCCACUACGAUGACCUGGUGGGGGUGGCACAACGCUACGAACACAACCUUGCUCCGGAACCGGAAGUGGCGUAUCUGUUCCUGAAGCGUAAAUCCGGCGGACAAUCGUUGGAACAUUUCAACGUUGAUGCCCUGGAGAGGCGCUUGCGGCGAGCCAAGAAGGAACAACCGCACACGAUUCAGCUGUGGAACCAGAUUGGGAACUUUUGGCGUAUCAAGGGAGACGCGGGUCAUGCGAUCGAGUGCUUUCGCCGCGCGCUUUCCGUUUCGCCCACCAACGCGGACACGUUGCUCAACUUGGCGCGGGUACUGUUCAAUCUGCAGUACCUGGACGACGCGAUCAGCUUGACCAAGCGAUCGCUGGAGGUACACCCGCCGGAUCGCAGCGCCUGGAGGCAGUACUUUACGCUCGGGGAGAUUUUCAAGGCGUAUGGACAGCUGGCCGAUUCGAUACUGCAUCUGAAGCAAGCGUUGGCACUGCAUCCGCACUACGAACCGAUCCGCCGGUUGAUAGCGGAAACGGAGAAGAUCGAAUUCGCGUCCAACACAACACGGAUGCAGUUCUACACCGGACUGAUCAUCGUGGUGCUGUCCUUAGGGGUGCUGCUGAUGGUUACGAUUAUGCUCAAGUCCAGGACCUUGAACCAUGGUCAUUGCGGAGGUUCGUCCAUCAGCAUUGCGAACCUGGCCAAUGGUGGAGGCGACUGCGGCGGACGGGAGGACGGCGAUAGCGACAACAACAAUAAUAACAACAACCCGAAUGGUCGGUUGGGGCCCAUCAUCAACAGUUUCUCGUUGGCGGGCUUUCGGCCGGCCAAGCACUUCAACCGGGCGCAGGCGAUGCGAUCCCUGAGGAGUGUGGCCUUUCGCUCGUUCCGACCGUUUCGGUACCGCAAGUAGAUCGGUGGCGCGUGAGUAACUCGUAUUUCUUACAAUAUUUGAUAACCGAAAAAGAGCACACUGCAAACGCGAUGAAAUACACACAAACAAAGCUAUUACAUAGACAUUAGAUUGGAGCGAUAGGGCUCACUAACUACAACUAUUUAUUUACUAUGAUUGGAAGUAACAACACUCGUAUCAUAAUCAAAGGACAAAACUGAAAUGCAGACGGACGGGCAGCAGCAAACAGGCCGUGCUAGUUUAAGGAGAAACGAAACCAAGUCACAAAGAGGAAAACUCAGAAUACUCCCUUUUAAUUAGGUAUGACUAGAUUUUAAACGCACCGAAAACGAGAACGGCGGUCUUCUUAGGCAAGAGCAGACAAAACCAUCCUAAUACUAUGUUCAGACUACGAUGCGUUGGAAAUCUUGCUAUUAAUCCGUAGUCUCGUAGUAUAAGAAAGUACUUUACAUUUCGCUUCGUUCAACGCAAGAUUUUGUGUUUCAUCGUCGACACCACCACAACCAAGAGAACUGAGUCCGAUUUACUUAUUUACCUUAACUUAUAACACAUAUAUUCUACAUUAACAAACGGUUCGAUAACGUUCUCUUGACUGUCAUUUUAUUAAUUUGUUUCUCAAUUAAAUUCUGCAUUCUGAGAAAUGGUUUUCAGGAGAACGCGAAACCAGCUUCUUCUCAGCAGAAGUUCAUGUUCCGACAGAGAAUAGAUUAGCGUAGGAUUUCCGCACAGGAAUCGUUUGAUGUGAGUGUGCGUGCCAUUGUCGUCGUUGUCGACACCCAGUACUACAUUAUAGGAGCGAAGGCACACACGGUCGGUGUAACGUUCGGAACCUCCCUUCCGCGACAAAACACCAGGAGUAGGAACUUGCAUAGCCAUCGGUGAAAUUCGAAAUUCAGCUUCCUUAAUCCUAAAUCCGUUUGCGUAAAUUCAAUGUGAUAACCAAAAAUGUUUUUUUUAUAACUGCUAGAAAGCUACCUUGUACUGCUAUUACCUUCUAGGGAAAAAGCGUAAUAAUGAUUUGUUUUAAAAAUCGUUUCCUAUUAUUAUAAAACUUUUGUUCAUUAUUACUUUUAGUUCGCUUAUUAGGCAUAUUAGAGUGAGAGCACAAAUUGUUCCGUUCGCUUCCGAAUUGAAAUUCUCGAAUUUAACUUCUAGUGAUGCGCUUCGAUUGACACGAUCGAACAUAGAUUAGAGUCUAGAGCUGGAAAUGUAAGUUCUGCAAACAUUGAAAUAAAAGUGAAAUUGCAAACCUGAACAA